UCUGAAAAGUUUUGAUAUUACAGUAUUUUUUUCAUUUGAUGUAUCACAAUUCAGAGUCCUAUCACAUUCUUUAUUCAUCUUCAUACUUCAGCCUUUUUGAUGGUAUGCCUGUAUUUUUGUCAAAUCACUUGUUUUUUCACUUCUCCUAAAUAUUGCUCAUAGGUCCUACCUAAGUUUUGAGCGUGUAAAUGUAAAAAUAGGCUUAACUUCCACAAAGAAAUGUGCCUUCUCCUCUUUAUCUUAAGCCACAUUAUUUCUUGGUUUAGCUUUUGUUUUCACACUCUUUAGAUUGAGGUGUGAGUGCAAGAAAUUUCCUUUUCUUACCUCAACUCAGAGCCAACAACAGAAGGAGUGGUCCGAGGUGACUCGGUCUCACCGCCCAGAAGAGAAAAGAGACGGUGAAGCCAAGGGCUCGUUCUUGUGUGAAGAGUGCAGCUUUAUGCAGCUCCAGACCCAUUUGUCAGAUGGGAGUUUUGGUUCAGCAUAACCAGACCACCUGCCUUUUCUGAUUUUUACUUGAAAACUCAUGAGUUUUAAGUGUCGGCGGCUACUUCACUGGGCUAAUCCUGUGCAAACCAAACAGUAACCUGGGGGUCCAUUCUGCCCACAGGCCGCCAGUGUGCUUCUGAUGGAGGAGCAGAGUUUCUACCCGCACAGUAAAUCCCGUACCGAGCACAGGCACUGGACCCUCCUCCUUGUGUAAAGGUCCCUUGUGCCCAGCACAGGCCUGGUGGGGAGGUGCUCAGAGAGUGGAGAGGUGCUGAGGACUGUGUGCAGUACUUGGCAGCUGUGUCUGAGACGCUGGUCGUCAUGUAAAGCCUCCCAGAUAACCUUGGGCACACAAACGUGGAAAGAGUACUAUCUCUGCCGAUCCGAGCUGGAGUUCCGAAUGGAAUGUGGGCGGCCAGAGAAGGACUUCAUCUGCAAAGCCAUUGCUGGGCACACAGGAGAGAUAGACGAGCUGGCUUACAUCUCAACCAAUGCGUGCCGGUUUGAUGGGCAGGGGAAGUCCACCGUGUGCACCGUGUCCUCGGACAGCACCGUCCGUGCCUGGGAUGUGCAGGAGGGCACAGAGAUCUGGUCAAGCCCUCUGCAGCCCGCCGCUCUGGUGAACGUGGUGACCUUCCCUCGGCUGCAGCUGGCCGUCACCGUGGACGAGCGGGGCCUCAUCAAGGUGUGGGAAGCGGAGAACGGAUGGGAGCGGGCCUCCUUCUGCCUGCCUACGUUCUCGUCUGCAUUGCAGGCCUGCGACCAUCAGGAGGGCCCCUUCCUGCUGGUGGCCUGUGCUGAAGGCUUCCUGUACGUGCUCACAGUGCCCCAGCUGCAGCUGCGGUCCAGGACCCGUGUGUCCCCGAGCAGCCCCACCAGCCUCCUCUGCUCUCCUGACUGCCAGUGGGUGUUCGCUUCCACCCAGAACUCAGACCUGGGCCCGAAGGUGCUCCACACUCGCUCCCUGCUGUGUCCCGUGGAAGACAGGCCUCCCGCCUCUGCCACUCCACCCAUCUGGCUGACCUGCAGAGCCUGCUGGGCCCCUGACGAGACUGCCAGGCUGAUGGUGACACACAGGAACGACAACAGCAUGCAGCUGGUCGUCACCACCUACGAGCUAGGGACCAAGCAGUCGCAGGAAGGAGUGGACGUUGUGGUGCAACAGGUGGCAAGGUUCCUCCUACCGGACACCAUGAUGCCUCCUCACCUCAUGAAGGGCCAUGGCUCUCAGGUGAUCCUGCUGGUGUCCGGGUUGGAGCUGGCACUCUUCACCAUCCACGGCGUGCAGCUGGCAGUCUUCCAGGACCACCAGAGGCCCAUCACAUCCAUGUGGGUGGACCAGAGCCGAGUUGUCACUGCUUCCUUCGACCUGUCCCUGCGAGUCUACAUGUGGAAUAAGGAAAAGAAGGUUCCCGUCCUCAAGAGCUGCUAUCACCUGCUUGGGGGCUCCCACAGAUGGGCCAGCGGAUUCACCCAUGUGGAAGGCGACAGUACGAGCAUUGUAGGUGUGGAAGCCAGAAACAUUGGGACAAGUAUUCUGAGGUCCUAUUGCUUCAGAGUACAGCGUGGCUCAGAUGACUGCAUCGAUUGAAGAUCUCACUUUGGUGAAGAGCUUGUCUACAUACAAACUAAAUGAUUAUUUGUCAACAUUGAGACAGAAAUGAGCGGUUCUCAGAUGCUUGUUACUGGCCAGGUGCGAUGCUAUGUGACUUUUUUUUUUUUUUUAAAUUCUCGCAAGCCAGUGAAGGAGGUAUGAUGUCUCCAUUUUUCAGACGAGGAACAGGACCAGUAAUGGGAGGGUGACCCAUUAUGGCCUGUUGUCCAGUUGCCAUGCCACCUGCCCACGCUUGUGCAGAUUGCAAGUGGCAGAGGGGAGUGGAUGUGAGAAGGUCCAAGUACAAGGUGCAGGGGUUGUACUCGGACGAUGCUGUGGUUCAGAUAUGUAAUGAAGUAAGGAAAUGGUUCUUCCCCCCACUGUUAUGUGCUUUAGACACACAUUAAUAAAUGGUCGUGUGGCACCACAGUGCCUAACUGCA